AUGGAAAUGACGAGGAAGCUGCCACCAUUACGGCAAGCCAGGGAGCUGUUCAACCACUUUGCAGUAACCCUGCAGCCAACCUUCGGCGUCCUCCAUAUCCCCUCAUCCCGCGCGAUGAUGGAAAAGGUAUAUGAAUGCAUUGUUGAGGGUGAAGUACCCCCGGCUGCUGAUUUGAUGCUGCUCUUUAGCAUCUUUGCCGGCUCAUCUCUGGGCUGGACACCUGGCCUUUUGGAGAAGUUGAAUGCGACGAGUGAAGGCGCACGGGCGGCUUUGAUAGCGUAUAGUCGGUUUGCAUUGGCUAUAUUGGAUCAUCCUUCGCGGGUUUUACAGCCAUCAACGACUGCCCUUGUAGCCAUCGGCACGCUGGGGCACAUAAUUCUAAAUACGGAUGGCUUCCCGUCCCGCGUUCAAAUUCUUCGUCAUCACUGUCUACUGAUGUCGAGGGAGUUGAAGAUCCAUCGGCUAGACACGGCAAGAGCUCGUGAAGAAAGAAGACUGCAAGGAUGCGAUAUGAUUGAUGUCGAGAUUCAACGACGAGCCUGGUGGCAUAUGGUAGCAUCUGACUGGCUUCUUUCGUUCUCUGGUGGUCCCCAGGAAGGUGCAUACAUCUUUCAAACCAAACACAUGAACGUAAAUAUGCCCAGCAACACGGACGAUGAGCUUAUCACGAGUACUGGAGUCCAGCAAGAUUUCCCAUUGUCUGUGCCCACGUCGAUGUCUGCUUUCAUUACUCGAGUUCAGGGUGCAGAUCUAUGUCGUCAAGUGAUCGAUGCUCUUCCAUCCGUUUUACUCGACUCUCAAGAGCCAGACUACAAAGUCAUCCUGGAGCUAGACUCUAAGUUCCACGAUCACAUCGCCAGCCUUCCUGUAUAUUUCCAGCUGGACAAAGAAAGUAUUGAGCAGAGUCGGCAACUCUGCAAAGAGCGGCCAUAUAUUGCUUGGCAGCGACUCAGCGUUCACUUCGGCCUCCACACACGACUUUGUCGAUUGCAUAGACCCUACCACCUGGAAGGUAUAACGAAUCGCAAAUAUGCGUACUCGCACAUAGUAUGCAUCCGUUCGGCGCAUAAGGUCCUGGAACUCCGGCGUGCGAUGGAUGAAGUGGCCCCAGAGGUUGGACUGAAAGCCGCCAGGGUCUGGACUGUCAUGCACCAUGUUUUUUUUGCCGCUUUGAUUCUCGCAAUGGAUGUAUCGUUUAAUCCUAUCGCACCCGAUGCGGAGGCUCGGAAGGCUCAAGUGCUUGCUGCCUACGAGACUUUGGAACAAUCUAGGCGAGAGUCUAAUGACCUGAUGGAAGGCAUUCAAAAAAAUUUACAGACCUUGAUGUCUACAUUGCACAAAAAGCGAUCGCAGACAUCCGCCCUACCAAAGGAUGAUGCAGCCCAGGAGGGACUGGUCGCCCCGUCCUCAACAGGAACCCGAUCGGCAAAUGAGAAUAGCGAACCUGUGACUGCCCACGACGAGAGCACGUCUCUUGCACCGCCAUCUUUAAGCGAUGUUGAUGGCUAUGACCUACUCAAUGAUCUAGGUCAAGAUGAGUGGGAAAGACUUUGGUCCGACUUUGUGGUUGUGGCCCCCGAUUUAGAUGCACCACAGUGGAACUCUUUGCUGGAGGAUGUGGAUUUUACUCCCCACCUGAAAAAAUACUAG